AUUGUGUAGCCUGGCAGCAGCCGCCUCCCGCUCUUCGCUCUCAGUGGCUGGACCUGGGCUCCGUGCAGGUCGCCUAGCGACGGAGUAUCUGGUCCUGGAGAGGCGCGAGCUCCUGGGGCGCAGAGGGUGCGGGGUCUCGCCUGGCAGCACCCCGGUGCCAUCCGCAUCGCAGCCAGAAGGGCAGCGGCUUCCCUGCCCGCUCCGUGAGCCGGGAAUGGGGGGAUGCUGCGGUGAUCGCUGUAGGCUUGUGGCAGGGCUGUAAACACUAGUGUGUGGAGCAGUUUCUUUGAGCUGAUUAUCUGAUGACUCUGGUGACUGUGGUUGCAGCCUGCCUUCGUGCUCGGGCAGCCCAUAUCGCCUUUCCCAGGUCACUGUCAGGACAGGGAGUAGCCAGCGAAGCAUCAGUUAUUUCUUCAAGAACAACUUUAUCUGUGAUUGGUUGAGGAGGAUUGUAUGUCUGGAACAUCAAAGCCACCACAAUGAAGCACUUCCUGAGAAUGUUUGUCCAGGUGUGCCUGUACUUCUACUGUAAAUGUUUGUGGCGUUGUCUGAAAUUUGUGGUGAGGAAAUUAACGGGACGAUGUGAAUUACAAAGGAUCUGUUACAAUAUCAAGCCUGGGGCUAGCAGAACUAUGAAGAUAGAGACAUCACUGAGGGGUUCAAAAAAUAAGCUGCUGCAAACUUCAGUAAGUGUUCAUCCAGAUGCCAUUGAAAAAACUAUAGAUGACAUCAUGGAACUGAAAAAGAUUAAUCCAGAUAUAAAUCCACAGUUAGGAGUAUCUCUUCAGGCCUGUCUCCUACAGAUUGUAGGGUACAGAAAUCUGGUUGCAGAGGUUGAAAAGCUGCGCAGAGAGCCAUAUGAUUCAGAGAAUCCCCAACAUGAAGAGAUGCUUCUAAAGUUAUGGAAAUGUUUGAAGCCUGAUUGCCCAUUGGAAGCUCGGAUUUCGAAGCAGUGGUGUGAAAUUGGUUUCCAAGGAGAUGAUCCUAAAACAGAUUUUAGAGGGAUGGGCCUCCUGGGAUUAUAUAACCUGUUAUAUUUUGCUGAACGGGAUGCUGCAGUAGCUCAGCAAGUUCUCUCCGAUUCCCUUCAGCCGAAAUACAGGGACAUCACUAAAGAGGAGCUGAGCCAAUUCAGCAAAGCUGAAUGGGAGAAGAAAAGGUUUGAUAAGGCAAUUGGCUACUCUUUUGCUAUUGUUGGCAUUAACAUAACUGACCUUGCAUACAACCUGCUUGUGAGUGGUGCGCUGAAGACUCAUUUCUACAAUGUUGCUCCAGAGGCUCCAACGUUAUCCCAUUUCCAACAGACUUUCUGCUAUUUGAUGCAUGAAUUCCAUAAAUUCUGGAUUGAAGAAGAUCCACUGGACAUAAUGGAGUUUAACCGUGUGCGAGAGAAAUUUCACAAGCGAAUUUUAAAACAGCUCCAGAAUCCAGACAUGGCUCUGUGCCCUCACUUUGCUGCCUCAGAAAGCUUAAUCAACAUGUAGUCAUUCACUUGAUUUGAUUUGAGAACACUGCCUCACUCUUCCCUUAGGUCACACUUUAGAUCAUCACUAACAUAUUGAAUGACCAUGGCGAUUGUAUGCAUGCCUUUUGGUGCAGUAUUCAUCUCUUUUUGUCAUAAACAUUAGAUCCCCUUACACUUCUUUCCAGGGGAUUUCUCAUUAAAUGGGUGCUCAUAUUGCGGCAUUAUGCAGUGUUACGUUCUGAAUUGAUGUCCAGGUAUCAAGAGUUUUCUAUUUUUUUAGACUUUUUUUCCCAUAAUUCGACAUUGAAGAACUGUAUUUCUCUAGCUGUGUUUUGUAUAUGUGGAAUAAUUAUCUGAAUCUUGUAUUGUGAAAGCCUUUAAACUUAUUGAUAUGUUUUGUGAUAACUACUGACAUUUCAAGCAAAGUACAUGUUUGGACUUCAUCUAGAAGAUAAUGUAUGUAACUUUAAUCUAAUGCAGAAAAACACAUUAAAGACUAAUU